AUGGAAAGACUUACAAAACACAGCAUUGAGUAUUCAAGUUUCAGAGGUGAUUGGGAAUGUAAAAGCCAGUUUCAGAGAAAACAGGGAUCUCAGGAAGGACAUUUCAGUCAAAUGAUAUUUACUCCUGAAGACAUGCCCACUUUCAGUACCCAGCACCAGAGAAUUCAUACUGAUGAGAAACUCCUUGAAUGUAAGGAAUGUGGGAAGGAUUUUAGUUUUGUAUCAGUACUUAUUCGUCAUCAGCAAAUUCAUACUGGUGAGAAACCUUAUGAGUGUAAAGAAUGUGGGAAGGCUUUUGGUAGUGGUGCAAACCUUGCUUACCAUCAACGAAUUCAUACAGGUGAGAAACCUUAUGAAUGUAAGGAAUGUGGGAAGGCCUUUGCUAGUGGCUCAAACCUUACUCACCAUCAGAGAAUUCAUACUGGUGAGAAACCCUAUGAAUGUAAGGAAUGUGGGAAAGCCUUUAGUUUUGGAUCAGGACUUAUUCGACAUCAGAUAAUUCACAGUGGUGAAAAGCCUUAUGAGUGUAAGGAAUGUGGGAAGUCCUUUAGUUUUGAAUCAGCCCUUACUCGACAUCAAAGAAUUCACACAGGUGAAAAACCUUAUGAAUGUAAGGAUUGUGGGAAAGCCUUUGGCAGUGGUUCAAACCUUACUCAACAUCAGAGGAUUCAUACUGGUGAAAAACCUUAUGAAUGUAAAGCAUGUGGAAUGGCCUUUAGUAGUGGUUCUGCCCUAACGCGGCACCAGAGAAUUCAUACUGGUGAAAAGCCAUAUGUAUGUAACGAAUGUGGGAAAGCCUUUAGUUUUGGAUCAGCCCUUACUCGACAUCAAAGAAUUCACACAGGUGAAAAACCUUAUGUAUGUAAGGAAUGUGGGAAGGCUUUUAAUAGUGGUUCAGAUCUUACACAACAUCAGAGAAUUCACACAGGUGAGAAACCCUAUAAGUGUAAGGAAUGUGACAAAGCCUUUAGAAGUGGCUCAAAACUUAUUCAGCAUCAAAGAAUGCACACUGGUGAGAAACCCUAUGAAUGUAAGGAAUGUGGGAAGGCCUUUAGUAGUGGUUCAGACCUUACUCAACAUCAGAGAAUUCAUACUGGUGAGAAACCUUAUGAAUGUAAGGAAUGUGGGAAGGCCUUUGGUAGUGGCUCAAAACUUAUUCAACACCAGCUAAUUCAUACUGGUGAAAAACCCUAUGACUGUAAAAACUGUGGAAAGUUCUUUAGUAGUGGCUCAGCUCUUCAUCGACACCAGAGGGUACACACUGGUGAGAAACCCUAUGAAUGUAAGGAAUGUGGGAAGGCUUUUCGUAGUGGCUCGAGCCUUACUCAACAUCAGAGAAUUCAUACUUGUAAGGAACUUUAUGAAUGUAAGGAAUGUGGGAAGGCUUUUGGAAGAGGUUUAGAGUUUCAGCAACAUAAGAAAAAUCAUAAUGUUGAAAUGCUCUGUGAAUUGGAAACUUUUUGAAAUAUGUGGUUAAGGAAGGACUGUCAACACAUGACAUAAGAAAAUUUAUACUUGUGAAAAUUCGUAUAAAUAUAAUUAAGGCACAAAUACUUUACUUAUGCUAUACAACCUAAGGUAAUUCAUACAGGAAAAAUAUCAGUCUGAACAAAGUAAAUAUUUGAAGAUCUUUAUCUACAUUCAUUCCUUCAUUAUUCUUGGAAAAUUCAUAGUUGUGAACGUCAAAAAUGAAAAAAAAUCAUUGUAUUUUACCUUUGUUUUAAGCUUUGAAAAAACUUAUUUUGGGUCUAACCCUGCUACUUUUAUUUUUUUAAUGGUCUUAUUUUUUGUGUAUAUUAUACAGAAUUACUGAUCCAUCUCAAAAUUUUAUUUUUUGAAAGUUCAAAUUUUUUUUUUUCCUUUCCUGAUUCUCAUACUAACACAAUUUAUUAGAUAACCCUACCUAUUUUUAUAUUGUUUUUUGACUGUUUGAUGGAAAGUCAUAUGAGGGUACUUUGUAAAUUCAUGGAAAGAUUAGUAUUAUCUUUUAAUUCCAUAUUUCCAUGAACUUUUCGAAGAACUCUCAUGUUUUUGUUCAUAUAAAGCUUGGAUAUUUGGUCAGUGUUUGUUUCAAAAAAUUAUAUAUAAGUAUAUGUAUCUUUGUCUUACCCUGUUUAUGUUGAGUAACUGUUACUUUUGAGUAUCUUUUAAUAUCUUAUGGAACUGUACCUUUUGUUUUGGAAGACUGUUUUAUUUUCCUUUUAUAAAGUUUGUACUCUUCAUUUUGCAAAACAACUUUCUAUCAUAAUAAUUUAGGUAAGAGCCAAAAAUAGAUAUAGUUAUCUGUAAUCUUACCAAUUAUAGAUAAUCAGUGUCAAACUUUUGGAGCAAACCUUUUAUGACUAUAUCUCAUUGUUUUUGAAACAAGAUGUGAUUAUGCUACAGUAUAACCAGCCCUUAAUAUUCUUUGUCUGUAAAUACAUUGUUACUAUUUUAUUGGCUUUAUAGUAUUCAUCUGUCUUUACUAAACCCCUAUUUUGUUAAAUAUUGAACUUUAUGUCAUUAUAAACAACUACCUUGGUGGUA